GCCCUCCCAGGCCGCCCGCCCCGUCCGCUAAGUGCCCGGGCUCUCCCGCUCGCGUCCCAGUCUGCGGGCCUCCGGGGCAGCGGCGAGGCCGGAGCGUCGCGGCGGAGGGGACAAGACCGGGACAAGACCAGGGCAGGAGGGAGCCGGCCAGCCGCGAGAACCCCGCACGCCCGGCAAGAUGCUGUCCUGGCGGCUGCAGACGGGCCCCGAGAAGGCCGAGCUGCAGGAGCUCAACGCCCGGCUCUAUGACUACGUGUGUCGGGUGCGGGAGCUGGAGCGCGAAAACCUACUCCUGGAGGAGGAGCUGCGCGGCCGGCGCGGGCGAGAGGGCCUGUGGGCCGAGGGGCAGGCCCGCUGCGCCGAGGAGGCGCGCAGCUUGCGGCAGCAGCUGGACGAGCUGAGCUGGGCCACUGCGCUGGCGGAGGGCGAGCGGGACGCUCUGCGGCGCGAGCUGCGGGAGCUGCAGCGCCUGGAUGCGGAGGAGCGCGCGGCCCGCGGCCGCCUGGACGCCGAGCUGGGUGCGCAGCAGCGCGAGCUGCAGGAGGCGCUGGGCGCGCGCGCCGCCCUCGAGGCGCUGCUGGGCCGGCUGCAGGCCGAGCGCCGAGGCCUCGACGCGGCCCACGAACGCGACGUGCGGGAGCUGCGCGCGCGCGCCGCCAGCCUUACCAUGCAUUUCCGCUCCCGCGCCACCGGCCCCGCCGCGCCCCCGCCACGCCUGCGGGAGGUGCACGACAGCUACGCACUGCUGGUGGCCGAGUCGUGGCGGGAGACGGUGCAGCUGUACGAGGACGAGGUGCGCGAGCUGGAGGAGGCGCUGCGGCGCGGCCAGGAGAGCAGACUCCAGGCGGAGGAAGAGACGCGGCUGUGCGCGCAGGAGGCAGAGGCGCUGCGGCGCGAGGCGCUCGGAUUGGAGCAACUGCGCGCGCGGCUGGAGGACGCGCUGCUGCGGAUGCGCGAGGAGUACGGGAUACAGGCCGAGGAGCGGCAGAGAGCGAUUGACUGCCUGGAGGAUGAGAAGGCAACCCUCACCUUGGCCAUGGCUGACUGGCUGCGGGACUAUCAGGACCUCCUGCAGGUGAAGACCGGCCUCAGUCUGGAGGUGGCGACCUACCGGGCCUUAUUGGAAGGAGAAAGUAAUCCAGAGAUAGUGAUCUGGGCUGAGCACGUUGAGAACAUGCCGUCAGAAUUCAGAAACAAAUCCUAUCACUAUACCGACUCACUACUACAGAGGGAAAAUGAAAGGAAUCUAUUUUCAAGGCAGAAAGCACCUUUGGCAAGUUUCAAUCACAGCUCGGCGCUGUAUUCUAACCUGUCAGGGCACCGUAGAUCUCAGACGGGCACAUCUAUUGGAGGUGAUGCCAGAAGAGGCUUCUUGGGCUCGGGAUAUUCUUCCUCGGCCACUACCCAGCAGGAAAACUCAUACGGAAAAGCCGUCAGCAGUCAAACCAAUGUCAGAACUUUCUCUCCAACCUAUGGCCUUUUAAGAAAUACUGAGGCUCAAGUGAAAACAUUCCCUGACAGACCAAAAGCUGGAGAUACAAGGGAGGUCCCCGUUUACAUAGGUGAAGAUUCCACAAUUGCCCGCGAGUCGUACCGGGAUCGCCGAGACAAGGUGGCAGCAGGUGCUUCGGAAAGCACACGGUCAAAUGAGAGGACCGUCAUUUUGGGAAAGAAAACAGAAGUGAAAGCCACGAGGGAGCAAGAAAGAAACAGACCAGAAACCAUCCGAACAAAGCCAGAAGAGAAAAUGUUCGAUUCUAAAGAGAAGGCUUCCGAGGAGAGAAACCUAAGAUGGGAAGAAUUGACAAAGUUAGAUAAAGAAGCGAGACAGAGAGAAAGCCAGCAGAUGAAGGAGAAGGCUAAGGAGAAGGACUCACCGAAGGAGAAGAGCGUGCGAGAGAGAGAGGUGCCGAUUAGUCUAGAAGUAUCCCAGGACAGAAGAGCAGAGGUGUCCCCGAAAGGUUUGCAGACGCCUGUGAAGGAUGCUGGUGGCGGGACCGGUAGAGAGGCAGAAGCAAGAGAGCUGCGGUUCAGGUUGGGCACCAGUGAUGCCGCUGGUUCUCUGCAAGGCGAUUCCAUGACAGAAACCGUAGCAGAAAACAUCGUUACCAGUAUCCUGAAGCAGUUCACUCAGUCUCCAGAGACAGAAGCAUCUGCUGAUUCUUUUCCAGACACAAAAGUCACUUACGUGGACAGGAAAGAGCUUCCUGGGGAAAGGAAAACAAAGACUGAAAUAGUUGUGGAGUCUAAACUGACUGAGGAUGUUGAUGUUUCCGAUGAAGCUGGCCUGGACUACCUUUUAAGCAAGGAUAUGAGGGAAGUGGGGCUGAAAGGCAAGUCAGCCGAGCAGGUGAUAGGAGACAUCAUCAACCUCGGCCUGAAAGGGAGGGAGGGGAGAGCAAAGGUCGUCAACGUGGAGAUCGUGGAGGAGCCCGUGAGUUAUGUCAGUGGGGAGAAGCCGGAGGAGUUUUCUGUCCCAUUCAAAGUGGAGGAGGUCGAAGAUGUGUCGCCAGGCCCCUCGGGGUUGGUUAAGGAGGAGGAAGGUUAUGGAGAAAGCGAUGUCACAUUCUCAGUUAAUCAGCAUCAAAGGACCAAGCAGCCCCAGGAGAACACGACUCACGUGGAAGAAGUGACAGAGGCAGGUGAUUCAGAGGGCGAGCAGGGUUAUUUUGUGUCCACUCCAGAUGAACACCCCGGGGGGCACGACAGAGAUGACGGCUCAGUGUACGGGCAGAUCCACAUUGAGGAGGAAUCCACCAUCAGGUACUCUUGGCAGGAUGAAAUCGUGCAGGGGACUCGAAGGAGGACACAGAAGGACGGUGCAGUGGGCGAGAAGGUUGUGAAGCCCUUGGAUGUCCCAGCGCCCUCUCUGGAGGGGGACCUGGGUUCCACUCACUGGAAAGAACAAGCUAGAAGCGGUGAAUUUCAUGCUGAACCCACAGUCAUUGAAAAAGAAAUUAAAAUACCCCAUGAAUUCCACACCUCCAUGAAGGGCAUCUCCUCCAAGGAGCCCCGGCAGCAGCUGGUGGAGGUCAUCGGGCAGCUGGAGGAAACCCUUCCCGAGCGCAUGAGGGAGGAGCUGUCCGCCCUCACCAGAGAGGGGCAGGGUGGGCCGGGGAGCGUUUCCGUGGACGUCAAGAAGGUCCAGGGUGCUGGUGGCAGUUCCGUGACCCUGGUUGCUGAAGUCAACGUCUCACAAACUGUGGAUGCUGAUCGGUUAGACCUGGAGGAGCUGAGCAAAGAUGAGGCCAGUGAGAUGGAGAAGGCUGUGGAGUCGGUGGUUCGGGAGAGCCUGAGCAGGCAACGCAGCCCAGCGCCUGGCAGCCCAGAUGAGGAAGGUGGAGCGGGGGCCCCGGCUGCUGGCGUUCGCUUCAGGCGUUGGGCCACCCGGGAGCUGUACAUCCCUUCAGGCGAGAGCGAGGUUGCUGGUGGGGCGUCCCACAGCUCGGGACAGCGCACUCCCCGGGGCCCAGUGUCGGCCACUGUGGAGGUCAGCAGCCCCACAGGCUUUGCCCAGUCACAGGUGCUGGAGGAUGUGAGCCAGGCUGCAAGGCACAUAAAACUCGGCCCCUCUGAAGUCUGGAGGACUGAGCGAAUGUCAUAUGAAGGACCCACCGCAGAAGUGGUGGAGGUAAGUGCGGGAGGCGACCUAAGUCAGGCAGCGAGCCCGACCGGAGCCAGCCGGUCUGUGAGGCAUGUCACGCUGGGUCCCGGUCAAAGUCCACUGUCCAGAGAAGUCAUCUUCCUAGGCCCUGCCCCUGCCUGUCCAGAGGCAGGGGGCUCGCCAGAACCUGGCCCAGCAGAGUCUUCUGCAGAUACGGACGGAUCGGGGAGGCACAGCACAUUUGGCUGCAGACAAUUUCAUGCUGAAAAGGAGAUUAUUUUUCAGGGCCCCAUUUCUGCUGCAGGGAAGGUUGGUGAUUAUUUUGCAACAGAAGAGUCAGUGGGUACCCAGACUUCUGUCAGGCAACUCCAGUUAGGCCCUAAAGAAGGGUUCAGUGGGCAAAUCCAGUUCACAGCUCCACUUUCAGACAAGGUGGAGUUGGGUGUCAGAGGAGAUUCUGUACACAUGGAAGGGUUGCCAGGGAGCAGCACAUCCAUCAGGCACAUCAGCAUCGGGCCUCAGAGGCAUCAGACCACCCAGCAGAUAGUUUACCAUGGGCUGGUUCCCGAACCGGGGGAAUCUGGUGACUCAGAGAGCACUGUGCACGGAGAGGGCUCAGCAGACCUGCACCAGGCCACUCACAGUCAUACCUCGGGUAGACAAACCGUUAUGACUGAAAAGAGCACCUUCCAAAGUGUCGUUUCUGAAUCUCCCCAGGAGGAUAGUGCAGGGGACACAUCAGGGGCAGAAAUGACAUCGGGUGUUAGCAGAUCCUUUAGGCACAUUCGACUAGGUCCUACAGAAACGGAAACCUCUGAACACGUUGCCAUCCGUGGACCCGUGUCCAGAACAUUUGUGCUUGCUGGUUCAGCGGACUCCCCUGAGCUAGGCAAGUUAGCAGACAGCAGCAGAACGCUAAGGCACAUUGCACCAGGGCCUGAGCUAGGCAAGUUAGCAGACAGCAGCAGAACGCUAAGGCACAUUGCACCAGGGCCCAAAGAAACUUCGUUUACCUUUCAGAUGGAUGUGAGUAACGUAGAGGCGAUCCGCAGCCGGACACAGGAAGCGGGAGCUCUCGGUGUGUCUGACCGUGGUUCCUGGAGAGACGCGGACAGUAGGAAUGACCAGGCAGUUGGUGUGAGCUUUAAGGCCUCUGCUGGGGAAGGAGACCAGGCCCACGGAGAACAGGGCAAGGAGCAGGCCAUGUUUGAUAAGAAGGUGCAGCUCCAGAGAAUGGUAGACCAAAGGUCGGUGAUUUCAGAUGAAAAGAAAAUUGCCCUCCUCUAUCUAGACAAUGAGGAGGAGGAGAAUGAUGGGCAUUGGUUUUAAUAAGCAGAAACAUUUUGUUUUAAUGGCAUCCUGUUGGCGACGUGCCAACAUCCAAAGGCCUUAACUUAUUUUAAUAGGCCGAGGGAGUCUAUGAAAAUCUCCCCUUUUUUACUUUCUUAAAGAGUACUCCAGGCAUGGUCAAUUUCCUUUAUAGUUAAUCCGCAAAGGUUUCCAGUUAAUUCAUGCCUUAAAAGGCACUGCAAUUUUAUUUUUGAGUUGGGACUUUUACAAAACACUUUUUUCCCUGGAGUCUUCUCUCCAUUUCUGGAGAUGAAUUUCUAUGUUUUGCACCUGGUCACAGACAUGGCUUGCAUCUGUUUGAAACUACAAUUAAUUAUAAAUGUCAAAACAUUAACCAGAUUAAAGUAAUAUAUUUAAGAGUAAAUUUUGCUUGCAUGUGCUAAUAUGAAAUAACAGACUAACAUUUUAGGGGAAAAAUAAAUACAAUUUAGACUCUAAAAAGUCUUUUCAAAAAGAAAUGGGAAAUAGGCAGACUGUUUAUGUUAAAAAAAUUCUUGCUAAAUGAUUUCAUCUUUAGGAAAAAAUUACUUGCCAUAUAGAGCUAAAUUCAUCUUAAGACUUGAAUGAAUUGCUUUCUAUGUACAGAACUUUAAACAAUAUAGUAUUUAUGGCGAGGACAGCUGUAGUCUGUUGUGAUAUUUCACAUUCUAUUUGCACAGGUCCCCCGGCAAUUGUAGGGUAGAUGAUUAUUGGGAAUCGCUUACAGUAGUACCAUUUCAUUUUUUGGCACUAGGUCAUUAAGUAGCACACAGUCUGAAUGCCCUUUUUUGUUAUAGCCUAAGUUCUGGAGUGGCCAGUUCCUAUCAGACUGUGCAGACUUGCGCUUCUCUGCACCUUAUCCCUUAGCACCCAAACAUUUAAUUUCACUGGUGGGAGGUAGACCUUGAAGACAAUGAAGAGAAUGCCGAUGCUCAGACUGCAGCUGGACCGGCAAGCUGGCUGUGUACAGGAAAAUUGGAAGCACACAGUGGACUGUGCCUCCUAAAGAUGCCUUUCCCAACCCUCCAUUCAUGGGAUGCAGGUCUUUCUGAGCUCAAGGGUGAAAGAUGAAUACAAUAACAACCAUGAACCCACUUCACGGAAGCUUUUUUUGCACUUUGAACAGAAGUCAUUGCAGUUGGGGUGUUUUGUCCAGGGAAACAGUUUAAAUAGAAGGAUGUUUUGGGGAAGGAACUGGAUAUCUCUCCUGCAGCCCAGCACUGAGAUACCCAGGACGGGCCUGGGGGGCGAGAAAGGCCCCCAUGCUCAUGGGCCGCGGAGUGUGGACCUGUAGAUAGGCACCACCGAGUUUAAGGUACUGGGAUGAGCAUGCUUCAUUGGAUUCAUUUUACACGUCAGUAUGGUUUUAAAGUUUCUGUCUGUAAAGUGUAGCAUCAUACAUAAAAAGAGUUUCGCUAGCAGCGCAGCAUUUUUUUAGUUCAGGCUAGCUUCUUUCACAUAAUGCUGUCUCAGCUGUGUUUCCGGUAACACAGCAUCAUCGCACUGACUGUAGUGCACUGGGGAAUAACAGUCUGAGCUAGCACCACCCUCAGCCAGGCUACAACGACAGCACUGGAGGGUCUUCCCUCUCAGAUUCACCUGGAGGCCCUCAGACCCCCAGGGUGCACGUCUCCCCAGGUUCUGGGAGUGGCUACCGCAGGUAGUUUCUGGAGAGCACGUUUUCUUCAUUGAUAAGUGGAGGAGAAAUGCAGCACAGCUUUCAAGAUACUAUUUUAAAAACACCAUGAAUCAGAUAUGGAAAGAAAGUUGAUUUGAAUGGCAAGUUUAAACCUUUGUUGUCCUUCUGCCAAAUGAACUAGUGAUUGUCAGACUGGUAGGGAGGUGACUGCUUUGUAAGGUUUUGUCGUUUCUAAUACAGAGAUGUGCUGAUUUUGUUUUAGCUGUAACAGGUAAUGGUUUUUGGAUAGAUGAUUGACUGGUGAGAAUUUGGUCAAGGUGACAGCCUCCUGUCUGAUGACAGGACAGACUGGUGGUGAGGAGUCUAAGUGGUCUUAGUUUGAUGUCAGUGUCUGGGCUCAUGACUUGUAAAUGGAAGCUGAUGUGAACCGGUAAUUAAUGUUAUGACCCACUUCUAUUUACUUUGGGAAAUAUCUUGUAUCUUAAUUGUCAUCUGCAAGUUUCAAGAAGUAUUCUGCCAAAAGUAUUUACAAGUAUGGACUCCUGAGCUAUUGUUGGUUGCUAAAUCUGUGAAUCACCCGGGAGUGAGUGUGCCCUUCACACUGUGACAUUGUGACAAGCUCCAUGUCCUUUAAAACCAGUCACUCUGCACACAAGAGAAAUCAGCUUUGUGGUUGGAUGGGGCCGGAACACAACCAGUCUUUUUGUAUUUAUUGUUAUUGAGACAAAACAGUACUCACUGAGUGUUUUUCAGUUUCCUACUGGUGGUUUUGACAUUGCUUGUUUAAGAUGUAUAUUUAGAAUGACAUCAUCUAAGAAGCUGAUUUUGCUAAACUCCUGUUCCCUACAAUGGGAAAUGUCACAAGAAUGUGCAAAAAUAAAAAUCUGAGGAAAAAACCCA